CAUGAAUUCACUGUCAGCUUUGAACACUGGUGAGGACUGCAUCUGUUUCUGGCAAACAUGAAGUCAGACUUGUGGUAUUUCCUUCUCUUCUGCUUCCAAGUUGAAGUCCUGACAGGAGAAAUCAAGGAUUCUGCCAAGUCUGAGAUGUUUACGUUUCGCGAUGGAGGUGUACAAAUAUUAUGCAAAUUCAGUGAUACUGUCUGGCAAUUUAAAAUGGAGUUGCGGAAAGGGACGGAAGUGCUCUGUGAUCUCACUAAGACAAAGGAAAGUGGAAGCACAGUGCCCACUAAGCAUCCAAAAUUUUGUCAGUCUGAGUUAUCGGAUGAUGGUGUCUCCUUUUUUCUGAAUAACUUGGACAGUUCUCAUGCCAGUUACUAUACCUGCCAACUGUCAAUUUUUGAUCCUCCUCCUUUUCAGGAAAAGAACAUUAGCAGAGAAUAUUUGAAUGUUUAUGAAUCACAGACUUGCUGCCAGCUGAAGUUUUGGUUACCCAUAGGAUGUGCAGCUUUUGUUGGAGUCUAUAUUUUUGGAUGCGUAUUUCUUUGUUGGCUUACAAAAAAGAAAUAUCGAUCCAGUGUGCAUGACCCUAACAGUGAAUACAUGUUCAUGGCAGCAGUAAACACAGCCAAAAAACCUGGAUUCACAGGUACGACUCAUAACUUGGAACUCUGUGGCACCCAGGCAUGAACCAUGCUGGUCAGCUCCCCUGUGACAUGAAGUGCAAGAUUCCCACAUUCCCUGGACCACGGAGAGUAACACUUGAUUGGAGUACAUACAUCUUCUGCUGGUGUUUUGUUCAACCUGGAUCAGUGACUCUAUCAGUCAAAAGGGAUUUUAACAGGCUGCUUCAGUACUGUUGGGUUACCAAAACACCUUCUUGCAACUAGUUUUACAGAAAGCCCAGCUCACGUGUGUGCAGCAAACAGACUUCACUGGCACGGAAUUCCUAUCCUCAUACCUGCUUCUAGCAAUGCACCAGCAAGUAAAACAAACACAUCUACCAAUACUUUUAAGAGAGGCUGAGAGUACUAAGUCUGCAAAGCAAAUGGGCAGCCAAGGGCCAGUAUCUGCAUUUCACUAGCAGACUACCUCUUUUUCCUGUAGGAAUGAGCAUUCCUUUCUAAUGAGAUACUGGAGGGAGAUGCUUCAAAAUUAGUUAGUUUAUUUCUGAGGUGUUAACAUACAACCAUACUUUUAAAAUACAUUAGUACACAGUACUCUUUUCAAACUUCUGAACCCCAGUCUCCCACUCCAAGGUUUAGAUGUCCUCGUCUGCCUUCAAUUUUCCUUUUUAAAAUACUUCUAUGCGACCACUUGACAGACAUUCUGAGUAAGGAUCUAGGUCUACAUUUCCCCCCUCUACUUCUCAAUAAAACACAUAUAAUACAUACUUAGUUGCAGCCUAAUGAAUACCAUUUGCCUAUAUUCUUCCUAUAAGAAUAUUUUUGUUCCAGAAAGACAUCUUAUUUUCCCAAAUUCAGUAAAAAUGAUUUACUUUGUGGACUUAUUUUGACCACAGUAGUGGUAAAAACAAACAAACAAACAAACAAAACCCCUACACAACAAAACAUUGCCCAGAAGCAGAAGGGACUUUAUUUUAUGAUUCUAUUUUCUACCAUUAGCUAUGUUUUCAUGGUGCUAUUAAUAACAAGCCAGGCUGUUUCUGCAGAGCAUAUUAAAAUUGCAAAACAAAAACUACCAAAAUCAUCUUUCCCUCUCAAGCAUUGUCCUGGAGAAAGAGCCAAUGAUUCACUCAGCAGAAAGCUAUAGUUCCUGGCGGUCACUUCCCAACUAUAGCCACGUUGACCCCUGGGCUUUACAGGUUGAAAUGAUCCUAUCAGCCUGGAGCAGCCCUCCAGACAUGGGAGGGAAUUUCAAGGGUUGAGAGACUCCCGUGAGCCAAGGACAACCAUCUGCUCUCACCCGCAGUGGCAGAAGCCACCCUGGGGAUCACGGCGAGUCCACCUGCAUUUGUACUUCCGAGGUCUGGGAGGAAGCACAGAUGUCUCAGGGAACAUCAGCAUGAUUCCCUCUCCUAGGAACCAUUCAGCCUGGAAAAUGGCCCUGGCCCUUCAGGAUAGGCUUCCUUUGAAUACAAUUUCGUUGGAAAGAUUCCUAAAUACUCAUAAUAUGUGAUUGGUCUUAGCUGGGUUAUUUUCUCCACUUCCUGUUUGCAUGCCCAAUGUUUCUGAAGCAGCCAGUGUAUGUGCAACGAUAUUUUUAACUUUAGGUCAAAUGGUGUUGUUUAGUAGUUUUAAAAUUUGUAGGUGCCUGCUUCUAGCAUACUUUAAAAGUGAGACCAGGUAUGUCAUUAUGCACACUUAUGUUGUUGUAAGCGUGUAUAAUGCUGGAUGUGUACAGUACAGUACUGCAUUUGUAAUUUGAAUCAAGUAUGGGAUUCUGUUUCCAGCUGACUUGGACAACCUGGUUGGCUCCGCAGAGGUGUUCCCAGAGUGGCCUGCAGCUUGCUGGAUGAGGGGUUGGAGUGGGGAGUGGAGCCUUCAUGUGGGGUCCACCUGGCCUGGUGGUCCAAACUGGGGAUCUGAAGCAUUCUCCUCCUCAGCACUGGACAUUUCAAACUGAAUUAUUAAAAGAUACAAUUUCUGUGAAAUAAAGACUUGUUUUAAGAGGAGCUACUCAUGAACUAGAUUUUAGCAGUAGUAGGAAACUAAGGAAUAAAUGUUUGAU